AUGAAAUCAAACAAAACCUUGCAACAUGUUGUUGUUCCGAACAAUAAUAACAACAUAUUGUUGAAUCAUCCAACAUCAGCAACAACAACCACAUUUGGCCAAAUACGUUCUCAACCAAUUACGCUCAAUUUGAUGGAUUACGAGAGUUGGAAUGCCCAACACGUAGCAUCAGUAUUGACAUCUGAUGAAUCUUUGGGUGGUGCUGGUUUGUCGGUUGAUGAUGUGAAGCCUUUGUAUGAGAGUUGUUUUGAUGGCGAAGCUCUCCACAACAUUGUUGAGGAUAUCCAGAAGAAGGACGUAUACUUUGCUCUUGAUCAACUUGAGAACUAUUUAAAAGAAAGAGUUUUCCAAAUGACUUUUCAACUCUCCGACACUUGCAAAACUGUUGUAUUUUGGGUGCUUAACCAAUUAAUGACCAGACACUAUUCACUAUGGCAAUUGGAGCCAGUGAGUAAACAAAUCAUUCAAAAAUUGAGCGAACCAAUAACAAAAGGAGGUGCUGAUUUGAGUCUUGAUCAAGUUUCUUCAUUGGAUGGCAACACUCUCAUCAAAAUUGGUACUGCCAUAGAGAAGGAAAGAGUGAAAGGUAUAACAGAAGAAAUAUGUAUCAAAAAUGCCAUCAAGAUGAUAAAAAGCGACAAGGACUUUGCUUCAGUACCGAAAUCUACUUGCAAAGCCGUUGCUGAGUGGAUUGCUACCAAAUUGACAAAGGCCAGCGAAGGAGGUUCUUUAAUUAAUAUACCAUCCGAGUUGUUUGAUCGUUGGAAGUUUAAAGGAGAAAUAUCUGAAGAUUUAAGAAAGGAAAGAGAAAAUCCAAGAUAUGACUAUCUCCGUAAUUUACAUGAUCCAACAAACAUGAAAAAACUAGAAAAACUCAUUGGAACAUUUAUCGAUCUUCCUGUAUUUGGAACAAAAGACUGUGAAUUGUCUCCAAAAGCAUUUAAUCCAAAUGCUAAAUAUCUUUUAACUCAGCAACGAUUUGAUGUUCUGAAAACAGUUGUAAAUGGAAGUACUGGAAUGGUUUUGUCAGGUCCUUAUGGAAGUUCAAAAUCAUACACACUUUAUUUGAUAGCUGCCUAUGCAUUUGUAAAUUCAUUUCCAGUACUUUUUGUUCCAAGAUGUCUUAUCUGGAUUAGUGCUUACAACUACGAAAAGAAUGUUGGCGCCAAUAACUACUUGCGCAGAUUAUUCUUUUCGUUGAAUAGUGACAUUCUCUCUCAAACACAAAUUAUCGAGUUACAGAAAUCUGUAGAUAUACUCCGACAUUUGAGCAAAGAAUUUGGAUCCAAGAGAUCGGUUUUCUACUUGUUUGAUGAACACAAUGAAUUAUUCAGACCUGACACUGAUAACAAUAUUCAUGCUAGUGAAGAAUAUUUCCAAGAUUUUACCAGAUGGACAGGAGUUACAUCAGGGGAGAACACAGUUACUAUCUAUUGUGGAUGUGCUCAUAGUUCCUUUGAAAAUAACUUACCAAGAGGAGAAGAAAAAAGAUUGGUUAGAAUGAUUCCUCCAACACCUACAGAGUUUGAAACACUUAUCACAGACUUCGGUUUGGAUCCAAAGGAUAAAAGAAUAGCCCAUGUAACAGGAGGAAACCCAAGAGAAUUGAAUUACUUGGCACACUUUUUGAAGGACAAAAAGGGUAGUGAUAAAGAUUUCAACCUAUUUUUCAACGAAAGAGUUAACAUAUAUGAUCGAAGACUGGAUUCAUUAGUUCGCAAACUGGACAAAAAUAAGAAUGAACAGUUUGAAAAGACACUGGAAGAUCUUUUUACUCUUGGCCUUUUCAAUGGAAGACCUGAUAAUGUUUCAGGAAUUGUAUACGAUAUUGGUUUAUUGUACAAGGAUUCUAAUGGAAAACUUUUUAUUAUUAACGACCCAGCAAAGAGAUGUUUAUUCAAUCACUACUGCAGACUUGACAUGCCAAAAAUACCCAAGAAUAUUUCUGAUUCAGAGAAAGGGGCAAUGUUUAAGAAAUACUUGUUGAGACAAGAAUAUGGACUUCGUAGACAAUUAGAUAGCGAAUUCUAUGUAACAAACAAGUUGAGUACGACCACAACAUCCACGUUAUCGUUAUCAUAUUACGUUCACAAACAUGCAAGUUUGGAUCUAAAGGAUUUAAGCUCUCUUGAUCGAAAUAAUUAUUUGAAAGGAAUAGGAGUAUUAUUCAUUCCAGAAUCUGAAACUUUCCCAAGCUUUGAUUAUGCUAUUGUUAUGUACAAAGGGAGGACAGCGAAAAUCUUUUUGAAAAAAACUACAAUUUCUACUAUUGAUUCUCAUUAUUGUCACAGUAAUGGCAACACAGAUGUGGAUAAUUUAUUGGAACGUUGUUAUGUUUUAGAUAGAGAAGGAAAGGCAAUGAAAAGGACACAAAACGUUCCAGAGCAAUAUCAUUUCUCAUUGCUAGAAUUGAUACUUCACGGAAUUGUUGGAACAGAAGCAAAAGCUGAAGAGUUGUUACAAGCCCGAAAGGACGAUCUAACGUUCAUCAAAGAUGGAAACCUUGAAAACUCAGUAACCUAUGGUGGUGUCCAUUUCACUUGGUAUUUCAUUUAUGAAUCUGGUGAGGAAGAACAAUCUGUAAAGAAGGUUAAGGAAAAUGGUAUACUUUUUAGGAAUCGACAAGAAAUUGAAACCCACAUGAAGAUUUACUUUGAAAAAUAA